AUGCCAAGUAAGGGCGUGCAAGUAUUCGCCUACAUUGCUGUCCCGGACUGCAAGAUUGAGUUGUCAGUCCCAGGGGAGACGGUGACCUUCUCGGAACAGCGAAAGUUUUGGAGCCGCUCACUCGAGGUUGAAUCCUCUAAAAUCCGCAGUCUUCUCGACAAGCGUGGACGCUUCACCUUCAAGAUCUUUCACAAAGGCACCCAGCUGACGGAACAAUGGAUCGAUGUUAACGCACUUACCGGCAAUGCCAGUGGCGGCACUCUUGAAAAGAUCUCCAAAACCCCUUCCCUUGUCGUGCGCGACCGUGGCCUGAUCAUCAGCUAUGGGCUGUAUGAAGCAGGCAAGGGCCACAAGGCCUCCGAAAUCCAUGUUCUCCCCAACAAGCAUCAGUGCUACAUCACCAUCUCUCCUGAUUAUGCCUCCUGGAUCGGUAGGCUCGCCCCGGUAGGCUCGCCGGCCGAGAACAAACCUUUCCAUCGUUUGGUCCUCCCAGCUGCCCACGAUGUAGGCAUGAACAGCAUGGAGAGCACAGAGGCAUUGUUGAAGAAGGUUGGCGGCGCGAUAGUGUCGACCCUGAUCGGUGACCGGUUGCCAAAGCAGCGCGAAGCAAUCUCUCAGCUCGCCAACACUCUGUCAAAGGACGCAAUUUCCAAAAUUGCGCCAAAUAUCGUCUACAGUCUGGCUAUUACUCAAAAGGACUCGCUGGAGACGAUGCUGCGCAUCGGCGCUCGGUACUUCGAGUUCCGUCCUGCGCGACUGCAUCGUGCAGUAAUUUCUUGUGGUGCGCUACCGGACAAGCUGUAUUUUCAGCAUGGUGCCAUUCCCGGAAUGGCAUAUGACGAGUUCUUAAAGGGUGUUUUGGCCUUCCUGAGGGCAAAUCCCACAGAGAUUGUGGUCGUGCAAUUAAGAUGGGAUGGUGUCCCAGAUGAGUGUGCGCGACCGUCGGAUAAGGAAAAGAAAGAAUACUUAGAGAAAGCACUUAAGGAUCCAGCUGGAGGAAACGGAGAGAUUGUAGCAGGCGGGUUGGAUGACAUGAAGAAGAAGAGCAUCGCCCAAUUGAGGAAGGACAAGAAGAGGCUAAUUAUGCUCGACAUGGUCGACUCCCUCUCAACAUACACCGACGAGGGGAAUGCAACACUCAACGGCGAUAGUAUGGUCCAGGCGUUGCCAAAGGUGCUGACGCCAGAGAACCAAAAGGGGAAGGCCUUUGUCAACAUACAAUGCCAGGCCACAGCUUCCAACAUCCCUAAAGCUGUGGUGCACUCAAUCAUCGAGGCCAGCGUCACUAACAGCCUUUUAUUGGCGACAAAAGGGAUCUGUGAUUCCAAAAUGUUGCCAUGGUGUAGGGAUAAUGUUUUGCAAGUAUGCUUGUUGGACAUCCUCGUUGUCAUUAUGAAUGACUGGAUUGACGGAGCUACAGCGCAUGUUUGCUUCGAGCUCAGCAAGCAGCGACUGCAAAAAUGA